AUGCCUCUUCUAAGUACUCUCUUAUCACAAGAUAUUCCACAAAAUUUCUAUAAACUUCAAUUGCAUAUUUAUUCUGGUUUAUUCUGUAUCGGUCUACUAGGUUUUCUUUAUCUAAGUUCACCAAUUGUUAGUCGUCGAACAUAUUUAUCGGAAAAUGCUCUAUCACCUGGUCUUGUAUCAAAUGAUCUAUCAAUAUCAAACGAACGUAUACGUCAAAUAAUGGCACAGUUACGUGCAGGAUUUAAAGAUAAAAAUAUAGCUAAUGUUAUUCAAUCAAUGUUACUUGAAAAUGGUAUUGAAGCAUAUAAACAAAAUAUUGGAAUAAAUUCUACUGAUAAACAAGAAGAAAAUAUUUAUGGUAUCGUACGAGCACCACGAUUAGCAUCAACGGAAUCAAUUAUUCUCGUUGCUCCACUUUAUGUUCGUAUUCAAACAAAUACUCAACAAGUUAAAGCUAAUCUAUUUGGUAUUGCUCAUACAUUAGCAACUGGUUUUACACUUCAUCGUAAACCAUAUAUGGCAAAAGAUAUUAUUCUUCUUUUUCCUACUGCACAAGAAAAUGGUACACGUGCAUGGUUAGAUGCUUAUUUUAAUAGUAAACCAGAUUCUAUUCCACUUGACGCUCAUGCUGGCUCAAUACAAGCAGGUUUAGCAUUAGAAUUUCCUCAUGAAAAAUUCUAUUCAAUUGAUUUACGACAUAAUGGUAUAAAUGGACAAUUGCCAAAUCUUGAUUUAAUCAAUACUGUUAUACAAUUAUGUGAUAAAAAUUCUAUAGCAGCAUCAUUAUAUAAUAUUUAUGUUGAUCUAUCAGCAAAUGAUCUUGGAUAUGAUUACGUUAUUAAAUCAACACGAACAUUAUUACUUAAUGUUUUAACAUUAGCAACUGGUAUAUCAGAUGGUGUACAUGGACAAUUUUUACAUUAUCGUAUUGAAAUGAUAACUUUAUUUGGAAGUUUAGAAAAACAUCAUGAAUAUCAAAAUUCUCCAAUAACAAUUCGAGCAUUUGAUGAUGUUAUUGAAGGUUUUAUUCGUAGUUUAAAUAAUUUACUUGAACGUUUUCAUCAAUCAUUUUUCUUUUAUCUUCAUAUAAAUCGUCGAAAUUUUGUUUCAAUUGCAACAUAUAUGGUUCCACUUGGUUUAAUUGUUUUACCAGCAUUAAUUCGUUCACUUGUUCUUUAUAUGUCGUUUUUUGCUUCAUCAACAUCAACAUCAACAAAUACUAAUGUAACUCAUGGUCGUACAAUGAAAUUUCAUGUGAAUUAUUCACCAAUAUUUUUUGAAAUAUUAGAAUGUCUUGCUUUAUCAUAUGUAUUAAUGUGGAUACCAUUAAAAUUAUCUUUUUUGGGUAUCUGGUUAAUAACAAUGUUUCUAAGUCCAAUUUUUUUAUGUCCACUUCGUUCAAAUGAACGACAAUUUGAUUAUUUUCAAUUUAUUCUUCUAUUAACUGGUUCAGCUAUAUUAGGAUGUCUUUCAUUAUUAAAUUAUUCUAUGGCUUUUCUUGUUGCUUGUUUUCUUAUGCCAUGUUAUUUAAUUGCUGGAUGUACAAAAUUUGAAUAUUGGUUUGUUAAAAUAAUAUGUCGAUUUUUAUUUAUUACAUUCCUUAAUCCAUUAGUUUUUCUUGCUCUUUAUCAUUAUUUAACACGUUUAUUAAUAGCUGGCACACUUGUUCUUCCUGAUUUUGUUCAAUUUACAAAUGAUCUUGAAACAUAUUUUGCAUCUUAUCGUUUAUUUAACGCUUGGACAGUUGAUGUUAUAUGUUUAACAAUUAUACCAUUAUGGUUAGUACUCUAUCGAUCAACAUUUUGGAUUCGAAAUUAA